AACAACACCGACAGCCCUCAUCCGCUGCCGCUGGCGAGUCAACUUCAAACCCACCAGGAGAUCGUGCGAACUUCGAAAGGCCAUUCGUGCGCCCACCUGUCACUGCAAACCCCCAAAAAUGGCUGCGCCGGACAAGGUCUUCUCCCUUGAGGGAAGACUCCUGAAGCUGGACACUGCCCAGGACCUUGAGGCCCACAUCGGUCCGUUGCGCGCCAUGGACGACGUCGAGGAGAUCCGAAUUUUGGGAAACACCUUGGGCGUCGAGGCCUGCAAGCUUCUUGGGGAGGUCCUGGCGACCAAAAAAUCCCUAAAGGUCGCAAACCUCGCCGACAUAUUCACCGGCCGUCUGCUCAACGAGAUCCCCGAGGCCCUCUCCUCCCUGCUCACAUCCAUACUAAACCUCCCCAACCUUCGAACCAUCAACUUGAACGACAACGCCUUUGGUCUCAAUACCCAGGCGCCCUUGGUUGCCUUCCUAUCGAGCCACAUCCCGCUCCAGCAUCUAUAUCUCAACAACAACGGGCUAGGCCCCCACGCCGGCGUCCUCAUCGCCGAUGCGCUCUCGGAGCUCCAUGCGAAAAAGGAGGAGGCUAGGAAGGCUGGCCAGGAAGUCCCCUAUCUCGAGACUGUCAUCUGCGGCCGAAACCGGCUGGAGAAUGGCAGCAUGCUCGCGUGGGCCAAGGCCUUCAGCCUUCACAACAGAGUCAAAGAGGUCAAGCUGGUGCAGAACGGGAUCCGGCAGGAGGGCAUCGAACAACUGCUCACUCUGGGUCUCAACCACGCCACCGAGCUCAAGGUGAUAGAUCUUCAGGACAACACCUUCACCGCCCAGGGCGCCAAAGCUCUGGCCAAGGUUGUCUCCCUCUGGGGAGAUAUACAGGAUCUCGGUGUCGGCGAUUCGCUUCUUAGCGCACGGGGCGGUAUCUACCUCGCCAAGGCCCUCUCCCAGGGCCGGAAUCGGAGGCUCGAGAUCCUCCGCCUGCAGUACAACGACAUCACGUCUGCCGGGGUCAAGGGCCUCGCGGCCGCGGUGCGGGACGGCCUGCCGGCGCUGCGCAGGAUCGAGCUCAACGGCAACCGGUUCUCGGAGGACGACGAGUCGAUCCUGGCGCUCCAGAACCUGCUGCGCGAGCGCAAGAAGGGCCGCGGCGGCGGCGGCGACGCCGCCGGCGACGAGGACUCGUGGGGCGUCGACAGCCUGAGCGACCUCGAGGACGUGGACUCGGAAGAGGAAGAGGCAGAGGAGGAAGAAGAGGAGGAGGACGAGGAGGGCGUGACCCCCGCGGAGAGGGCCGAGAAGCUGGUCAGGGAGGCCGAGGAGGCCCAGGAGGAACCCACAGCCCAGCGCAAGGACGCCGAGGUCGACGAGCUCGCCAAGAAGCUGGAGAAGACGGGGAUCUAGGCCAAGCCAACGCGUCGGCCGAGAGGAAAGAAAGAAAGAAAGAGAAAGGAGAAGAAGGGGGGAAACCAUUCCGGGGCUGGCAGGGAUGUGUGAUUUAGAGAGACGCACGA